AAUUAAACACCGAACGGCAAGAUGUCACUGUGGGCGCGUGUAAAUCAGCUUCCCCAGCCCAUACUGGAGCAGAUACGCUUCAUCUACGGUAGCAACUUCCCGAUCGAGGUGCGCCACUAUCUAGCAGAUUGGAUCGAGGAGCGAUUGCUCAAUGCGCCAGUCUACACGAACGAUCAGGAAGCGGUGUACGAGCAGGAUGCGGCCAACUUUCUCAACCAGCUCAUCAUGGAGCUGGAGCGGACGGCGAUCAAUCUGCCGGAGACUAACUUCACCAUCAAGAUCCGUCUGAACGAGUCGGCUCGCAACUUUCGCCAGCUGUUCUCGCACAAUCCGGCCCAGCUGUACCAGCAUCUGAUGAACUGUUUGCACCGCGAGCGGCAGUGUGUCGCCUAUCCGGACGAGUGCGUGAACGUGCAGGAUCCGGAGGUGACGGAGGUGUUCAAUGCGGUCCAGCAGCUGCAGAUAAUGGUACGCACGAACGAGAACGACAACCGGAACCUGAUGAAGGAGUACGAGCAUCUGCUGUUGGAGGUGCACGAGCUGCAGAAGAACCGGGCGCAGCUGGAAACGAUCGAAAAUACGGAGAUGCGUACGCACGCGCACAACCAGCUCGCACAGCAUCAGAAGAUGGUGAACGAUCGGUUGCAGCUCUGCACCGGGAAGCGGUUGGCGCUGGUCGAUGGGUUCCGCAAGACGAUACUGAUCAUAGACGAGGUGCAGAACAAGGUGCUGAACAAGUAUCUGUCGCAGUGGAAGAUCAACCAGGGCUUUGCCGGUAACGGUGCGUCGAUGAUGAGCGCCAGCAAUCUCGACACCAUACAGGCGUGGUGCGAAAGCUUGGCAGAAAUUAUCUGGAGCACCAAGGAUCAGAUACGGCUCGCAAUCAAGAACAAGUCGAAGCUGCACGUCGAGCAGGAGGAUGUGCCGGAUCUGUUGCCGCAGGCGAUGGUCGAUGUGACGAACCUGCUGAAGAUGCUGAUCACCAACACGUUCAUCAUUGAGAAGCAGCCACCGCAGGUGAUGAAGACGAACACACGGUUCGCUGCGACCGUACGCCUGCUGGUAGGCAACACGCUCAACAUCAAGAUGGUAAAUCCGCAGGUGAAGGUGUCCAUCAUUUCCGAGGCUCAAGCACAGCAAACGCAACAGACCAACAAAGCUUCCGAACAGUCGUGCGGUGAAAUUAUGAACAACAUCGGCAAUCUAGAGUACAACGAAACGACCAAGCAGCUGUCAGUAAGCUUUCGAAAUAUGCAGCUGAAGAAGAUAAAGCGCGCAGAAAAGAAGGGCACCGAGUGCGUAAUGGACGAAAAGUUUGCGCUACUCUUCCAGUCGAGUUUUGCCGUCGGACAUGGCGAUCUCGUCUUUUCGGUGUGGACUAUCUCUCUUCCGGUGGUGGUGAUCGUACACGGCAACCAAGAGCCACAGUCAUGGGCCACCAUUACCUGGGACAAUGCGUUCGCCGACAUCAACCGCAUCCCGUUCCAGGUACCGGACAAGGUGAUUUGGAAUCAGCUGGCCGAAGCGCUCAACAUGAAGUUCCGCGCCUCGACCGGCCGCUCGCUGACCGCGGAAAAUAUGCACUUCCUGUGCGAGAAAGCGUUCAAAACGAACCUCCCAUUCCCGGUGCCGAACGAUCUGACGAUCAUGUGGUCCCAGUUCUGCAAGGAACCGAUCCCGGACCGCUCGUUUACGUUCUGGGACUGGUUUUACGCGGCGAUGAAGGUAACGCGCGAGCAUCUGCGCGGCCCGUGGAUGGAUGGUAGCAUUAUCGGCUUCAUUCACAAGUCCAAGGCGGAGGACUAUUUGCUCAAGUGUCCCCGGGGUACCUUCCUGUUGCGCUUCUCCGACAGUGAGCUCGGUGGUAUUACGAUUGCCUGGGUAAACGAAGGCAACGAUGGGCAGCCCCAGAUAUUGCACAUUCAACCGUUUACCGCGAAAGAUUUCUCCACCCGUUCGCUGUCGGAUCGCAUACGGGACUUUGACGAUCUCUUCUAUCUGUACCCGAACAAGCCGAAACACGAAGCGUUCGACCGGUACACGACACCGGCCGGUCCGCCCCGGAACAAGAACUACAUUGCGUCGGAGGUGCGCGCCGUACUGAUGCCCGGCCCAACUAACAACCAGAUGAACAGCUUCCCAAACACCCCGUCCUACAACAUUCAGUCGCCCGAUGCGUCACGCGAUACACCAUCGAGCGGAUUUUCCAUGAAUAGUCGAGCAGGCAACUCUGUGCCGGGCAAUGUGCAACACCGGUACGCAUCAAGCUUCGAGUCGUACGUACAGUCGGACGGCAUCACACAGUUGAUAAAGGCAGCCGGUUGUAGUGAUGGUGGCGGUGUUAGUACAUUGACCAGUUUGGUGCGGCCACCGCCCGCCCUUAGCGUCCUGUCGACGAGCAGUAACUGCAGCAGUAGUACCACCGCCACCACCAGUCACCACCAGCAGCAGCACCAUCAUCACAACAGUAUGAUGGAGCAGCAACAGCCACAUCACAGCCAUAUGGCGAUCCUGCCAGCUCACAGCCCCGUCGGUGGUCAGAAUCAUCACCGAUCGCAACAGCAACACUACGACGAUACGUCGCACAGUGACUGUGGUGCGGAUGAUCAUCGAAUGCAGACACUACCGUCCGUACCGGCAGCAUUCUCGUUCACGGGCAUGUCCUUUACGGACGCUGGCGAGCAGCAGAAUCUAUCCGGUGGUGGUGGUAACGGUGGCAACCAGCUAAAAAGGCCACUAACCAGCACCGUCCCACACCCGUCCACAUCAACCGGCCUGUCGAACAGUAGUGGAAAUGAUAACGGUGAUGGUAGCGGUGCGUCCACCUCCACCCGAUCUACACCGUUCACAUCCUGCGUCGCUUCUACCAGUUCCACGUCCAACGCAAUGGAUUUUGCUAGCUUUGAAGAGCUCACCUGGCUGGAUAUGAACAACAACAAUAACUGGAUUGGUGACGGAUCUUCAUGA